AGAGAGAGUACAGCUAACUCACUUCACACAUUCGCUUAGAGCUAGAGAGCUAGAGCGCCAGACUGCGCAGACUGGGCAUAUUUGAGGAUCACAUCGUGCGGACUAGACUGCAGAGGAGAAGAGAAAAUGUGUUUCCUUUUUAGGCUCUUUUUGUGAGUGGUCCGAAGGAUUUCCCUUACGUAUCUGUGACCUAGAACAUUUGUUUCAGGGUAUUAGAACUCAAUAGUGUCUUAUCCUCCUUUUUAAAUGGAUACCGCCCUGGUGGUAACCUUCUCUAGUGACAUGGAAAUGCGCCGCGGUGGAUUUACUGAGUCCUUAGCUGGAUUUUGAAGACAACUGAUUAAAAUAGAUCGCCUACAUUUGAACUCACUUCUCUAUAUAGUGUUGAAAACAUGGAGGCCCCGUCAAGCUUUCAGCCUCAUCCCGGACUUCAGCAAACUCUGAAGCAGUUUCAUUUGAGUUCUAUGAGCUCUCUUGGUGGACCGGCGGCAUUCUCCGCUCGGUGGCACCAGGAAAUUCUGUUCAACAAAGAUGGAAAAACAGCUGAACUGAUGCUGGCCAUGCCUGUCCAGACACCACCGGUUAUGUCGGGGCCGUUAUUCAUUCCAUCCGACCACACCACCGAAAGGUCCGAAACUGUCCUGGAGCGUGAGCCAAUUUCGUGUUUCGUGGUAGGCGGCGAAAAACGUCUGUGUCUGCCGCAGAUUCUCAACAGUGUCCUGCGGGAUUUCUCGCUUCAGCAGAUCAACUCCGUGUGCGACGACCUGCACAUCUACUGCUCCCGGUGCACCGCGGACCAGCUGGAGAUCCUCAAAGUAGUGGGUAUCCUACCCUUCUCUGCCCCAUCAUGCGGACUGAUCACCCAGACGGAUGCUGAGCGCCUCUGCAAUGCCCUCGUUUACAGUGGUUCCUACCUUCCUCACUGCAACAAGGAGCUGUCUGGCUCCAUGGAGUUGGAGAGGACGGAAAAAAGUUUCAAAAUAUACCACGAAUGUUUUGGUAGGUGUAAGGGGUUAUUUGUCCCAGAACUGUAUACCAGUCCCAAUGCCGCCUGUAUCCAAUGCAUGGACUGCAGACUCAUGUACCCCACUCACAAGUUUGUGGUCCAUAGUCACAAAAGACUAGAGAACCGGACAGUUCACUGGGGGUUCGACUCAGCUAACUGGCGGGCCUAUGUUCUCCUGGACCCGGACUAUACAGGGAAAGAAGAGAAAGCUCUCCUGGAGCAGCACCUCAAAGUAAUCAAAGGCAAAUUUGACUUCGUAAACAAGCUCUCAAACAAAUCAUGCAGGCCGUACAGCCCAGUUCCAGCCAAGAAGUUCAAGCUGGAGAAAACACACUCUCCAUCUGCUGACAAAGAGAAGCAACCCGAUUGGCUACAAUCUCUAUCAAAGUCAGGGAACAAGGAUCUGAAACCGGUCCAGCUGAAACAGAGGCCGUCAGCCUUCCGCCCCUGGUCCCCCAGAAGUACAUCUGCCGAGAGAUCAAACCACAAAAAUGUGGACACGUCUGUGGUGCCCAAUGUGGCCCCAGCUCCGUUGGCCAACCAGAGAGAGGAGCAGGCCCCAGUGGGCCACAGCCAGGCUCCAGGCAGGGGAGACCAGCACAUCAGCUCCGGACCAGCAUCACAGUGUGGAGACUCACAGCCUGGGCCCAGACUUGUUCACAUCAACACCAACACAGGCAACGGUGUGGAGGAAAUGGAGACUGACGGGGAGAUUGAGGUGGACGACUGUGAUGACUACCCACCAUCGGUCCCCUCCUUGGCAUCCCCCCCAUCUGCCUGCUCCAGUGUGUCCUGGACCCUGACCCCCCAGACCACAAUGAGGCCCCUGGAGGGCCCAGCCCGGCUGGUAUUACCAGGGUCACCUUCAUGCCCAGAGCUGGACACACUGAGACAGACCCUGUAUGGAGGUCUUGACUCCAAGGAGGCCAGGGAGAAGUUCCUGCAGGAGAUUGUUAAGAUGAGAGUGAAGCAGGAGGAGAAGCUGGGGGCAGCGCUGCAGGCCAAACGCAGCCUUCAGCAGGAGUUGGAUUUUGUGAGGGUGUCCAAGAAAGGGCGUCUUCGAGAGGCCAUCGAGGCCAAGCGCAACCUGAGGAAAGAGAUAGAACGCCUGAGCAUGGAGUGGGACAGGAAGAUGAGGGAGGCGGACGAGUCCCGUGGCCAUCUGAAAAGAGAGCUGGAGAGAGAGAGACAGACACGAGUCUGCGACAAAGGCUGUGAGGCUGAACGCCUGCGAGCCAAGUACUCCACACAGAUCGAGGAGCUGCAGGUUCAGCUGCAGCAGGCGGAGGCGGACCGAGAGCAGCUGAGAGAGGAGCUACAGCAGGAGAGGGAGGCGCGGCAGAGCCUGGAGAGGGUGGUCAAGGACCUGCAGGCUCAGCUGGGAGACCGACAGGACAACGCCAGGAAACCCCCAACACACUAACGCAGAGACACAGAGACAGACACAACAUCCCGCUGGAUCCUAAAGAUGCGCGAGAGACAGUGUGUGUCCGGAACUAGAGGCCUAACGCAAGAGGGCGGAUACAGAAUACACUGCGCCCUCUUGUUUAAGGAAACAAAAUUCACCAAAUUCAAAGAUGUUUGUGGGAGACAAAAGGCGAGAGGUUUACAUAGAAUUUUUUUUAAAUGCAUCUCCCGGUUACUGAUAUGAUAGAAAUGGACGUUAAUUGUAAUAAUAUAUGACCUUUAUAAAAAUGGAAGUGGACAGAAGCAUGAAUUCGCAUUGUUGUACAGCCUACAGAAGAUAAGAAAGAAUGUCUAUGGAAGACAACUCACAAGUGACUUUAGAGCCCUCAGUCAGAUCCCUGAAGCUGUUCAAGGACUUUAUUUUGGUAUAAGCUAU